GUACUUCAGAGUGGUUGAUCGAUGGUCCAGCGCGAAAUUCUUUUGAUUUUGAUGAAAACUUUUGGCCAUUUGUCUAGCUUAAAACCUGAUCUGGUAUGCCUAAGCGUGGGGCUGAAGCCAGAGUGGGAAACGAGGAUUCAAGUGGCCAUGGUGUGUAUGGUUUCAUCGGAGAUUUGAUUCGCGAAGGAAAAGAUGCCAAAUUUGUGAAUAAAAAGGGGCGCUAUGUCCUAAACUGGUCCAGUACCUUGGAGCGCUAUGCCAUCUACAAAUCCAAGAAAAAUCCUCAGUUUAAAAGCAAGAACAUUAACAGGAGGAAGGCUAGCAAUGGUCUGAGGGCAGCCUUGCUCAACAUUUACAAAAAGGAUGGAGCAAAAGAGUACAAAGAAAGCAAAAAGAUCAAUGACAAGGAUGAAGUCAUAGAGAGACAGUUCCAGAUGCCACCUAAAGUGUUUCAGUCACUGUUUGGAUCUAAAGUGGAACUUUCAGAUGACAGUGAUCACGAGACAAGCAGCACAUCUUCAGAGGCUGAUGAGAAACUGCAAGCAUCACCUGAUGUAGGCGGGUCUCCUGACACAAGUGACACAGGUUUUGAGGAAGCCAUGGAUGUCUCUGAUGGUAAUAGUGACUUUAUAUUUUGGAUAUUUGGCAUUUCUGCUGAAGAUUUAGACUCAGCGCUGGAGGAAAUCUGUACCAACUCAGAUAAUGAUGUGGACCAACCUGGAGUGGUUCAAGAUAUUUCCCCAUCAUCAGGCUCUGUGAAGGGUGGAAUUCAGUUCCAUAUAAUGUUGACAGAGGCACUGCUUGAAAGUGACACAAGAGGUGUGGCACACUUUGAUGGAGUAGGUGAUGUCUUUUUGGAGAAGACCAACGCCUACACCUUCUCUGGGUUUGUUCCAGCUGCCCAAGAAGCUGGACCUGUUCUUAUUACAGUCUACACUGAGGCUGGUCGAAAGCUGGGAAUUACAUACUUUAUGUAUGUGGAUGAGAUGCGGGAGACCUUAAAACAGCUCAUUAAGGACCCUGCUCAACUAUCAUUAUUCCUAACCAUGUGGUCCCAGGCACAUGGAAUCAUUGGAAGCAAUAGUGAUGUUGCACAGACUCUGGGUCUGUUUGGUUUACCAGACCAAGGCCCAUUGCCUGAUGCUAAACAGGGGCAGUCUCUUAAAGUCCUUCAGCUACUUGUUUAUACUGCUGCUCAGGAAGAUGCUCAACAGUUUUUACAAAUGAUCUUCAGUACCUCUGCUGGAAAAAUUGUCUUCGACAGUUACAAGGAUCGAACGCCUCUGCCAGAGGAUGUUGCAAGAGCCAAUGGCCAUGACGAGUUGGCAGAAUUCUUACAAGAUGUAAACAAGAGAUUGUCAAAAGAACAUGACAGUAAUAGUGUUGCUUUGGGUACAAGUGACUGGUUAGAGUUAGUCCAAGCAGUUGACAAUAUUCAGAAACAGACUGUUUCUAAUGAUGAACGAGAAUCAUCAAGAAUGCAACCUAAGGAUGAUGAUAACCAAAGUGACUACUUUGCUGAUGCUGAAACUUCUUCUUGUGGUUCCCUUGAACUUAUUGGUGACUGGUCUGAUUUAGAAGAAGAGAAUGGUAAAUUUCCCAAAAAUUCGUCACGAUUUUCUGAAGAAAAUGCCGCUACCGAAGAAUCUUUUGGAGAUGAAGCCGUGUUUGGUAACUGUCCGGACGACAUUGAGAGUCCUAGCAUCUGUGAGGAGUCUUCCGUUGUGAACUUCCCAGCUUACAAAAGGCUACCUCUACUGCGUAGCUUCUUUCAAUGGCUGUCCAGAAGAGAAGAUGAUUCAUCUGCAGAGCAGCAAGAUGUGUGUUCCCUCCAAGCUGAAAGAAUGGGAUCAGUGAGCCAGAAUAAGGGAACUAAAAGGAGAGAUGACGGUAGUUCAAGGCAAAAAUAUGCCGCAGAAUCCUCACGUCAGGAGAAAACGACUAAGUCAAAAAAACAUCGACAACGCGGCCACUGGAUAAAGUUUGAGACAGCCUCUCGUGUGAGGUAUAUUCUGUUAACCGCUGCUUUGGUGACAGUAUUAGCCGGAAUCAAGCUUGGAGAGAAUCAAAUUCUUCAUUGGGCCGUUGGUAAUGGAUACACUCAGUUUUCCAAACUUCUACUGAAAUGUGGGCUGAAUGUGGAUGCUCCAAAUUCCCGCAUGGAAACUCCGCUUCAUGUAGCAGCAAAAUUUGGUUUCAUAGGUCUCACAGAUGUUUUGACCAAACUAGGAGGUAACGUCAACGCUAAGAGUUACCAACAGCAGACACCCCUUCACUUGGCCGUAUGGAAUGGUCACCAACAAAUUGCAGCAAUGCUAUUACAACGUGGAAGCGAUUCCCAACGAGGAGAUGUGUUUGGACGUACUCCAGCUCAUCUGGCUGCAAUACAAGGACAAGAACAGAUGCUUAAAAUGUUAAUAUUAACUCAACGUGGCAGUGCUUUGAAGGCUAGAGACAACUUUGGACGGACUCCCCUUCAUUUAGCUUCGGUUAAAGGAAUUGAGAGAUUGGUGGAACUCUUAAUCCGACAUGGGAGCGAUUUAAGUGCUCGAGAUAACUCCCAGAAAACUGCGCUUCACUUGGCUGCAGAGAGUGGACAGGAUACCAUUGUACACUCCUUGAUAAUGCAUGGAGGUGAUAUCCAGGAAGGAAAUCUCUUAGGCCAGACACCUCUCCAUUUGGCUGCUCAGACUGGGCGCAAAAACGUUGUGAAAUUACUUCUAGAACUUGGAAGCAUUGUUGGUGCAGUAAAUGUGUUUAAGCAAACCCCUCUUCACUUGGCUGCAGAGAGUGGAGAGAACGGAUACAAAGACAUUUUGAAGGAGUUGAUACAGCAUGGCAGUGAUGUCAAUGCUGCAAAUAUAUUUGGACAAACCGCACUUCAUUUGGCUUCUCGAAAAGGACAUAAACGCAUCGUAGAGGUCCUUGUACAACAUAAAAGCCAAGUAUCAGCUUUAGAUAACUCACGCAAGACUGCUUUGGAUUGCGCUAUUGAAAGUGGCCAUCAAGAGAUCGUGGAAUUUCUUGAUCUCUCUUCAAGACGUGGUAAAAGUCGCUCUUUGGGAUCUUUGACGAGAGUUCAACGCGAUGUUAACAUGAACUAUAUUUCUAAACAUACACCACUGCAAAUCAGACAAGAUCCUCUCCAAGUUGGUACACCGAAGAAUGGAAGCAGCGAGUUUGAUGGAAACAAGCAUCGAAGUACCAUUAAUGCCUCAAGUUUAUCGCCCUCUUUCCAUACAACGAUACCGUCAGACUCUAUCACAAGUAGCUCGAACGACAGCUAUGUAUGUGUUCCUCAUGACUGCCGAAAAUAUUCUCGUUUGUAUUUUAAUUUGCUCCCGCCUUGUUUCGUCGCAUGCAAACAGAGAAGAGGUGUAAAAAGAGAUGAAUACAAUCUUGAACUGAUAUCAUCAAACAUCCCCAUCUGUUCGCAAAAACACAUGCAAGUGUUAAAGAAGAAACUACAACAAGCGUGCCACUACCCCAAACCAGACAUAGAUGGAGAUGUAAGCAGUGGGCGAAGCUUCCUCGAACAUUUUGGACCAAAUUUCUUCAAUCUGAGCUGCAUUGACUUACGCCAAGGCCACAAAUGCUCUGGUUGCUUUGUUGCAGAUGAAGCGAGAGGCAGGCCAAAAAGGGUUCUGGAGCAAGACGAAAACAUACGUUAUUAUUACGCAGAACGCGAUCUUGAGUUUUCAACUAAUUUCCACGAGUUUGUCUUAAAAUUUGUCGGGCAACAAGUUGAAACAUUUCAUCCGUCUGAACAAUGCGGAAUCGAUGGUUCGCGACAACCAGAUAUUAAACCGCGGACGUUACGCAGUACCCAAUGCUUGAGGGCUUGGAAGAGGUUGAUACAUAGUGUAGGAACCUCUUCAGGACCUAACUUGAGUAUUAGCUGUUUGGUAAAUCACCAUAUGAAGGAUUCAGAUUCCAAAGUUAUCAAACAAUUUUCAGCCGAAAAUGAAGGUAUACAACCAUUUACAAACAGUAGCCAGGAAGAGCGAGCUUGCAAGGAAAACGGCCGUAAAGUGUGGACACUUCCUUGUAAGACUGAGAAUGCCACCGGUAGAAGAGAAGCCUCAAAACACUUGCUGAUCUCGAUUGUGAUUGGUUUGACAUUUAUUGCGACUAUCAUUUUAUUGCUUACAGAACAGAGAUGUUUCAAGAAUUAUUUUGCCAAGUUUUUAUUCAAUUCGCCCAAACCACGGAGAAACAACUGCCAGAAAGAGCCAGCUAACACGGAAAUCGGGUGGUCAGCGUACAUAUCCGCUUUUAAGACUGAGAAUGCCGGCGGAGAACGACAAGCUACUUACCACGAGACAAACAGAGUGAAACAUUUGCUAGUCACAAUUCAUUUUGCGAUCGUGACUCUUGCGUCAUUUAUCGUGACUUGUAUAUGUCAUAUAUUCGCCAAAAUGUUCCCAAAAUUUACAGGUCCCAAGCCCUCUUCAGCGACGUUUAUUAUUCGACCUACAUCAAAACCCCCAACAUCCACCAACUCGUCAAAUGAUAUCAAUUGGUUGCCUUGGAAAAACGAUCCACUUGAUAGACACAAACAAAGCAAGAGAAGAAACCAGCAGACAAUGCAAAAAGGAAAAGGGAAACAGGAAACAUGAGAUAUGAGAGAGAGUAACACACAUUUCAGGAGUGAAAUUUGACAUGGCAUUCAGACGGUUCAUUCCAUAGAGUCAGAUUUGUCAGCAGCCUAAGAUAAACCUAUUUUUUAUUUUAUUAUUAAGCACAAUAGUUCUCAAAGCCGUAAAUAAGUUGUCGAAAAGACAACUAUAUGGAUGCUUACAUUUGUAUUAGUUUGAAGAACUUUCACGAUAUACCUAGCUCAGCAUUUUAUUUAGAGACGAUGCAGUUGAACAUGUGGAUUUUUAAAAAAACAAAAACUGUGUUCAGCAAUUAAUAGAGCAAGACAAAGGAAUGUGUGGAAAAAAGCUUCCUUCUCCUCUUGUAAUAGUUUGUAAAGAAAAGGAGAAAUUGAUAAAAGUGAGAACAUUUGUACAUAUGAACACCUCAGAAGGUUAAAACGUUUUCAAAUUCUUUCUUUGAAUGAAAAGAUUUGCAACAGUAAAUUAAAAUAUACCAAAAUUAUGACAUUGUUUACUUUCGUUCCCUUCGUAUAUCUUGUACCACUACGGAACUACGCCCUUACGCCCAGCCAAUCGCAAGAGAGAGUUAAAAUUUUCAACCAAUCAUUGUUUAUUUCUCAUCUGGUGUCCCUGUGGUCAUAAUGACUAAAAGUUUCACGGAUAAUUAUUCUUAAGGAAAGUUAUUUACUACCAAGCUUGGAGAGGUUCUUACAGGUUGAAAGUUAUAAGGGGUGGGGGGAAAAUCCUCCAUUAUUUUAUGGGGAAGAAAAGAAGAUACAAUUUGCACUAGAAUCUCACUUAGUAAUUUGGUGAAUUCAAAUAUUUUCACAUAGAUGAGAAUCAUUCACAAUAAAUGAUUAAGUUGA